AUGACACUUGAUUCACCAACAAAACAUACUCUUUUAUGCUCGAAAUGUAAUUUACCAUUAGGAGAUCAACUUGUAAAAGCACUUGAUGGCGCCUUUCAUCCAAAUUGCUUUACUUGCUGGGACUGUCAAACACCCGUCGCUUCCUGUUACUUACCUCAUCCAACCGAACCAGGCAAACCGUUAUGUGAACGAGAUUACUUUAAAAGGCUCGAGCUUGUUUGUGCAGAAUGCGAUGAGCCACUUCGUGGAACGUACAUUAUUGCUCUCGACAAAAAGUAUCAUCCAAACCAUUUCACUUGCAGCGAUUGUUCUACUGUCUUUGGACCUGACGACUCAUACUAUGAGCAUGAUGGGCAUGUCUAUUGUCACUUUCAUUACAGUACUCGGUUUGCUGUAUCCUGUGCUGGUUGCGAUAUGGCAAUCUUGAAACAAUAUGUCGAGAUUGAACGUGGUGAUGCAGUAGAUCACUGGCAUCCGGAAUGCUACAUGAUUCAAAAGUUUUGGAGUGUUAAAAUAGCCCAUCCUACACUCAAAGAAGGCGAUCAAUGUCCACCAAAAUAUAUACCACAGACACCUUUUGAACUAUUCAAGAUACAAAAAGAUACAGAAGAAAAAGUGGUCAGUAUAUGGUCUGUUUUAUCAGCAUUUGAAGAAUCUUCGGCCGUAUGUAUAUCUGAAAUGCUACUGCAUGUAUCCAAUGGGGCUUAUAUAGAGAGUAUUUGUCUGUCUGAACGAUUCCUUGUGCACGUUGAAGCCUUGUUUGCAGGAAUCGAUAAGAUUUGUGUAAUCUAUAAAGAACAUCAACAGUCUGAGUUUAAAUAUAGCCGAGAAGCCAAAAUGCUAUGUAAAAAGAUUAUAAACUUCUUUUCUUUACUUUCUCGAACAGGUGAUAUGGAAAUGAAAAAACUUGGUAUCACGCAGGAACUGCUAUCACUCGUCACAGGAUUGGCUCAUUACUUGAAAAACCUCAUCCGUGUCACUCUGAACGCUGCAUUACGCUUGGAAACAUUACUUGGCAAAUCAGUGGCCGUUUCCCACUUACUGGCUCGUCUAAUGGAAAUCCCGGGUAAAGAAAGGCACAGUCGAGAUAGUCAACGUCUCAUUCAAGCCAGAAACACGGAUUACUGCCAAGAAUGUAAAAAUAUCAUUGAGGAUCAAUGUGUGCGAUACGGCGAUCAACGAUGGCAUAUUACCUGCUUUCAGUGCAAGAAAUGCGAACGAUCGCUUAAAACAACAAGUGGAUCAGUGAUGAACGGUCAACUGUAUUGUACGACAUGUGUGCACGCAAGCCCUUGCACGUUUGAUUAUGUUUCGAGAUUGGCGCAGUACAGCUAUCUUUUGAGAAUUGCACUGAGCCGACUUUGUAGCCUGUUACAGAUUACAGAUUCACAACUUUCCAAUGUGGAUUAUUCAACCAAGUUAAACAGUGCUAAGGCAGCAGCCAGUCAUAUACUAAAAGAUAUGCCACCAAACAUGCUGAAUGCAUCCAUAGAACUACAACAGAUGAUGGAAGAACGAGGGCACAUGGAAACUAUUUAUCCCACCGAGAUCAAGGAUGCCAAAACAGUGUCAUCCUCUACCACGCGAUUAGACCGCAAGAUGUCACGGUCAUUCAAAAUGGCCAAUAAAAGGUCUACUAUUCUGGGUAACACUACCUUACCGACCCGAACCGACAGCUUACACAGACGCAGUGUGGGAUUGGACGAUCUACCCCAGAUGGCUGCUGUGGCUGUGAACGCGACAACAACAAACUCUAGAAAGGCGCCUCCUGAAAACAUACACAUCGCGACAGGCCUUUCUGGCAAGCCUCGUAUUUACUUGUCUGAACUAUCUGCGCUUCAGUACAUGAUCAUUCGAUAUGUGGCCGUCGUUCAGAUCGAGAGUUAUGUACGAUCGAGCUUUACCAGCGCAGAACUACUAAAUAUGGUCGAAACCAAGAAAUCAUCCAUCUGGGGGAAAUUCUUUACUCCCUUCAAGGUCAAGAAAAAUGUGCAGCCCAAGGCCAAAGAGAUAGGAACAUUUGGUGUUCCCUUGGACGUUCUUACGGAUCGAACCGGCGUGGAAUCUAAUUUGGCCCUGGGCCCUUCUCCGGUGAGGCUGGCAGCGUUUAUUGACGAUGCCAUUACAGCCAUGCGACAAAAGGAUAUGUCAGUUGAAGGCAUCUUUCGUAAAAAUGGAAACAUCCGAAGACUACGUGAGCUUACAGAGGCACUAGACAAGAAUCCAAAUGAAGUGGACCUAACACAAGAAAAUGCUGUUCAAGUCGCUGCGCUCCUGAAAAAGUUUUUACGUGAUCUGCCCGAUCCGCUGAUGACUCACAGAUUGCACGGGCUCUUUAUGUGUGCGGACCGAAUUCCUGACCCUGACCAACGCAAACGAGCACUUCAUCUGGCUUGUUGUAUGUUACCAAUGACCAAUCGAGUGACGAUGGAGGUCCUGUUUUUAUUUUUCCGAUGGGUUGCGACUUAUUCACACAUCACAGACGAAGUGGGCAGCCGCAUGGACAUACCAAACCUAGCGCGUGUGAUUGCACCCAGUAUUCUCACGGCCCAUCACAAGGACCCUUUGAAGGAUGAGUCCUUUACUGCCAUUCGCGUUGUCGAGACAAUUUUAGAAUCGUGUAACGAAUUCUGUUUGGUUCCUGAAGAUCUUGAAGUGUUCCUGAAGGAUCCCAGUCUGAGUGGGAUGGACAUGUCACCUCGUGAAUUUCUCAAAAAGGUCGAACAAACGGUCAAGCACAAAGGAUACUCGAUACCACGCUCACCAGAUGCACAGCGACCUCCGCCGUCAUCAAUUUAUACACCACAACAAUACUUACCCUACAGUAAUCAUCAUCCACCAUCUGAUUGUAUACCACAGCCAUUGAAGCCCACACCACAACUAAUGCAGCCACCAAGAAGAACAGAUAGUUUUAGUAAUGCAUAUAAACCAUAA